AUGUCAAUUUAUGGAGGAUUUGGUUUAAGAAGAACUGAGUCUAAAUACAACUGGUGUCUGGAGUAAAUGCUGCAGGUCCUUUCAACAAAAAUGAUUAAUUUAAUUGAAAAAGAGUCAGAAUAAACUAUAACAAGCUUUAAAUUCAAAUUUGGAAAAAUAUAUUGCAUGAUGAAAGGAAUGGAGGAGCAUAAAUACUUACCUCCUAAGUUCUCAGAGUCAGUCAAAAAAUUAGCAGAUUUUGUAGGAAUAGAUUUUGAGUUUCUUGAAUAAUACAUGCCAACUACUACGAUUAAAGGCGAUUCAAUAAUGGAGCACUCAAAUGAAAAAUAGAAUACAAGAUAGGAUAGCUAACAAACACCGCCAAAAGCUAUGAAAGCAAAGAUUAACGGAAGCAGCCAAAAUAAUAGUUUAAACAAUAGCUAGGUAAAAGCUUUAAGAACUCCAAAUUCUUCUAGUUAAAGGAAAAGACAAUUUUCAAGUGGAAAUUAUUAACAAAGUGCUUAAAAUAUUAUUAUAAAUCCUUUGGACAGGUUUAGUGAAGCAACAUCUUAAAUAUACAAAAUUUAUGAAGAAAAUAAUUUAGAUAACAACAAUGAAAAUACAAAGUCAAAUUCUAGUUAGCAACAGCAAAUUCUAUAGCAAAAAUAAAUACAAUCGAUAGAUAAUUCCAAACUUGUUUCAUAAGAUAAAAACUAUGAUGGAAAACACAAAGAACUUAUUAAUAGAGUUUUGAAUAAUAUAUAAGCUGUACAUUCUCUAUAAUAUACAGAUUAAUCGAAGCUUACUUACAUUACCAAUAACCCUUAUUCUUAAAGUAGAAAUAUGAGUCCAACUCCUGAUAUUUUAAAUAGGAGAGAGAGUAGACCUCACUCGAAUGACAAAUAAACUAUUUUCUAAAGAAGUAUCGGAACUAAAAACCAAAUACCUUCGAAUAACUAGACUUUCUACACUUCGAAUGUAUUCCAUAUGUAUGAUAAUAAAAACUAGCAAUAAAAAAAUAGAACAAAGUGCAGUCCUCUAUAUAGUCCUAACAUAUAAAGCAUACAAGAUGAAAGUAUAAAAGUUAUUAAAAAGCCGAAUACGAGAUAGAACUCUGAAAGAAAUCAAAGUGUUGGUCCAUCUUAUAUUUAAAAAAAUAACAGCCAUAAUUUUAGUUUAGAAUAAUCUCAAUUGCCUAACUCAGAUAAAAAACCAUUAAAAAACAUAAGAUUGAAGAAGUCAAAGAUAAGCAAAUAAAGUACAAAGGAAGAUUAAGCUAAUAUUGUCAUAAAUUUAAAAGAAAUUAAUGGAGAAGAUAAUACAGGCUAAACUAUUUUUAACCAAAAUGCUGCACAAGGAUAGUAGUAGCAGCAACGACUGCCAUCAUUUUCACCUAUGAGAAAUUACGAUACCAGUGAUGAUCUGUAGGGGUUCUUAGAAGGCAAUUUUGUAUAUAAAGAAAAAGAAACUUUAUAAAUAGCUGGCUUGGAUUAAAAGGACCAAGAACCUUAAAAAAUGAAAGUAAAAGAUGUUCUCCUCAUUGAAGAUUAAGUAAAGAAUGAAGAUACAUAAAUUGUCUGA